AUGACUGCUCUCCAGACCCCAGAUUUAACAACUACAGCAUCGAGAAGGGGAAUGGAGAAGGUCAUUCACGACUUUUGCUCAGAUCUCUUCCACAGCCAUGUCCACUUGCCUUCUCACCAUCUGAGGGAAGAUGGACAUGUCGUUUCAAAGGUCCUCCCUUCCGAAGUCCGACAUGCCAUCACGUCGGUGAAGAAUCCUACUUCAUACGGUCUCGAUAGAAUCAAGCCUGAUCAUCUUAAUUACCUACCGCCAGUCCUCAUCAACACACAGGCGAGGCUCUUCACUCGCUAUUUAUCGGAAUGCAAGGCUCCUAAGCAAUGUAAAACCAGCAAAACCGUGCUGUUGAGUAAGAAGGGAGACGCCCAAGACAUCAGCAACUAUCGUCCAAAAUGCCUACUGUCUGUCAUCUACAAGCUCUUCACAAGAAUAAUCCUAAACAGGAUAGAAAGAACAUCAGAUGAAGGACAGCCAUGCGAGCAAGCAGGGUUCCAAAAAGGGUUCAGUACGAUUGACCACAUACACACGGUUUCAAAACUCAUAGAAGUAUCACGAGAGUACAAGAUGCCGCUGUGUUUCAAUUUCAUCAAUUUAAAGAAAGCCUUUGAUACAAUUGAGACCGAAGCGGUCGUGGAGAACGCGCUGCGAGGAUUGGAAUGGGGACAAUGUGGGGGUGAUAGUUGA